GCACCUAUUCUGGCCAAUUUAUUUUUGUAUGGCAUUUUCGUAAUUUUUUGGGCGGCGAAAGGCCAUUUUCUUUGGAUUUUGAAAGCUACAGAUAACGGAUUCGGCCUGAGGCUAUUCUUCAACAAUGAUUAAGUCCAUUAAGCACCGAUUUGGGCGGAUUUAUUCCGGGUCAAUUUUUUUGUAGAUUCCAAAUGGGUACCAUCACAGAUUUCGGGCAAUUUUUAAGAAAUUCCAUUUUCUUUCGAUUCUGGAGGCUGCAGAUAACAGAAUUAUCCCGAGGCUAUUCUCCAUCGAUAAUGAAGUGUAUUUGAUCCUAUUCUCCACGGAUGAUAAGUCCAUUAAGCACUGAUUUGGGCCAAUUUAAUUUCGGAUGGCAAUUUCGUAAUUUUUUGGGCGACGAAAGGCCAUUUUCCUUGGAUUGUGAAGGCUUCAGAUCACAGAUUCGGCCUUAGGCUAUUCUUCACCGAUGAUUAAGUCCAUUAAGCACCGAUUUAGGCGGAUUUAUUCCGGGUCAAUUUUUGGCAGAGUCCAAUGCGGUACCAUCACAGAUUUCGCGCGAUUUUUCCGAGAUGCCAUUUUCUUUCGAUUCUGGAGGCUGCAGAUCACGGAAUCAGGCCGAGGCUAUUCUCCACCGAUAAUGAAGUCUAUUGAUCCUAUUUCUUCACGGAUCAUAUUUCUCCACGGAUCAAUAGAUUUAACGGUCAACUUCACACAUUUAAUGGUCAACUUUUAGCGUUGACCGCCACGUAAGCAAAAAUUAACGGAGCUGGACAGAGAGUGACCAAAAGUGAAUGAUUUCAGUAAACUAAAGUACCACCAAUUAAUUUAAAUAUUUCAAGUGACUUGAACGUUUUUGUAAUCUCAGUGAACAACGUAAUUAACCCUAAAAAAGAAGGGUUAAUACCUUAGUUUGGCCCGAAAUUUAGCGUAAGUGACAGUUCUGGCCCAAUUUUUCAAAUAAGACAUUUACGGCCUACUUUUGAACCCAUUGGACAGAUUUGGCCCAAAACUUUUGUUGACUGUUAAUAUUAACGGUCAAACAUUUAUUCCGUCAAUGACUCAGCAUUAAGUGCUGAAGUGGUAGUGAUGUGGCAUGCCACAUCAUUAAAUAAUAUUAAUUUUUUUAAUUCAAUUAAAAUAAAAAUGCUCUCUUACUAUCCAAUCUCCAAAUCCAAACCCUAAUCUAAAUCAACAUCAACUUCAAUAGGAAAAAGUGUCGACGAGCGGCACGAUGGGAGCCGCCCGGAACUUCCCCUGUCCCUCUCACUGCAUCCCGCCGACCCAGCUCUCUAGCAAUGCUGGGAUCCCGACCUCGAAAUCGAGCAUCCAGUCCCCCAUCAUAGCGUCGUAGACCUGGAUGCUGCAAGAAACGAAGUCGAUGUCGUCUUUCCCCUCUAGCAUCCAGUCCCCCAUCGAGCUUACAGUCCCCACUUCUAGCUACACCAAACCCAUCUCCUCCUCCUCCAAGCUUAGCUAGCUACCUCCUCCAGCUUCAGCUCCAAAUCCCUUAAUCGAAUUUUCCUGCUGCAGAACCAAUCAGAUGCCCCUCCCCAACUUUCCCAUUUCCACCCCAAAAGCAACUCUCUUUUAGCUACCUAGGGAAAACCCAAAUAAUUAAUUUCCACCGCACAAAAGAAAAGAAUGGAUCCGGUAACGGCCCACGGCCAUUCUCUCCCACCGUCGUUCCACACCAGAGACUUGAGAGGAUGGUUUCAGGGGAACGAAUUAAUUUUGAUGUUGAUGGGAAUUUCUUUUAGGGUUACGUUUAUGUUGCCGGCGAUCUGGAGAAUGGAUUGGAAGAUUUGGUUGCAGGUGUACAGGGCUUCCUCGCAGGGGUCCUCGUUCUGCGUGAUGCAAGUUCUACAGACCGAACAGGAAAGCCGGAAUCUCACCGAAGAAGAAGUUCCCUUGCAUUAGGGUUUGGAUUUGCGGAUUUGGGGGAUUCGAAUGAUAAGAUGAUUUUUUUUAAUUUUUAAUGUAAUUUAAUUAAAUAAUAAAUUAAUACUAUUUAAUGAGGUGGCAUGCCACAUCACUGCCACUUUAGCACUGGAUGCUGAGUAAUUGACGGAAUAAAUGUUUGACCGUUAAUAUUAACAGUCAACAAAAGUUUUGGGCCAAAUCUGUCCAAUGGGUUCAAAAGUAGGUCGUAAAUGUCUUAUUUGAAAAAUGGGGCCAGAACUGUCACUUACGCUAAACUCCGGGCCAAACUAAGGUAUUAACCCAAAAAAAAACCUUAUAUCAUCGUUAUGCAAAAACUUAAUUACGAGAUUGUUGAAUACCAAUGAUUGGGCCCAUUACUGGCCCAUGCUUCGUUAGUGUCACCAUGAAAAAAGGCUAGGGCCCACCAAGCCAGAACACGAAAAUGGCGAGAAGUGCAAGCAUAACCUAUUUGGGUAACUAAACUAGAUGAAGGCCCAUUGUCUGCUAACUUGGUAUGGGCUUGGUCUUAGUAGAUGGGCCCGUUCGUCAUUUUUACCCAAAAAGACCCCAUUCCACCCAUCUUUACCCAAAAAGACCCAGGCCAGCCAGCCAGUGCAGCGGCCGGCCUUCCGCCUCCUGCAGGCAAUCAAUUCAAUGUAUUUGCAUGCACCUCCGUAAUAAAUUCCUGCACCAAAAUGGUAAACUUGUUUUUUACUCUGCGGUAUAUAAUUUCCCCCUUUAUUUCGUCAAAACAGUUGAUAUGUCUGCAUCAGUUAGGUUAAAAUAUCAAGACCUGCAGGAACAAUUAGAGAGCCUUGUCUUCUCUGUUUCUUGUUUUGGUACAAAGAGGAGGGUAAGAGUUUAAACAUCUUACGUUUAAUCUUUAAUUUUUUGGUAGAAUACGUUUAAUCUUUAAGGUAAAAAGAAGUUGUAACGCAUUAAAGUAACCAAAGGGGGUAAAAACCUGUUCUUCUUCUUCUUUGUAAUAAGAAUUAUUAUGUAUUGGCGAGUAUAUGUAGGAUGACAAGGUAACUAUGUGAGGGUUUGGACGAGUUCUUUUAUACCAUAUCAUCAUUUCCAAAAUAAAUAAAAACUUCUAAAUUCUAAUAGUCCCCAUGUGAGAAGGAAUUUUCCAACCACAUCCGCGAUCAUAUCCACAAUUUGUGGAUAUUGACGAGUGAUACCCGCUCGAUCUAUAUAUCCAAUAUUACUAUACAUAUAAUUAAUAUAACGAAAUUUUUGUAAACAUGUAAAAUUUGUUGUUAUAGCAUCAAAUAGAUCUAAAAAAUCAUAUAAAGUUCACCAAGUUAUAAUCAUUCUUCAUUCAAAUGAUUCAAAGCAUUUCAUCCUACAACAUCUAUUGAAUCUUUAAUACAAUCACAAUUUUUAGCAUCCAAUCAUCAGUUUUUUGGGUAAUGUCUAUUUAUUAUCCAUAUCCUUUUCGGAUUCUUUUAUUUUAGCAAAAUCAAUUGAAAUACUAAGAAUUAGCCUAACGUUUUGUAACACGUCAAAGUAUUAGCCAUUUUAUGUUAUCGUUAAUAAUUUUUAAUUCUUUUCUUAGUUAAAAUACUAAAAUUUUGGAAUGUUGACCUCCAUGUGUUUCUUUCAAGUCAGUAUCAUGUUGUCAAGUCAAUAUUACUAACAAAAUAGCUAAUUGGAUGUUAACAUUUGGAUAAUUAUUAGUAAUUCAACUGGUCUGGCUAAUAAAAAAGAAUCUGAAAA